AUGUUAAUUGAUAAGUACCAUUUGCCUUCUAAAGGAAAAGACAACAAUGAACUUUAUAGCAAAAUUGCUAGCAAGUGCUCAUAUUCACUUUACAGUGCUGUAUUAUUUACUCAACAAAUGUCUUUGGCCCAAUUAAAAUUAGAAGAAAUAAAUUUCAGCAUAUCGAAUAGAAACAUUUUCGAAUACUAUCAUUGUGCGCAGCGUCUCUAUGAAGGUAUGAUCCUUUAUUUAGAUUUAACAAAAUUUUCAAAAGAAGAAAAGCAAAAAUGUAUUUAUACGUUCUCUGAUGUAUCCAAUGAAACAUAUAAAAUGGUUGAUCAAUUCCUCAAAAGAUGCAUGUUAACAACAUCGAAUAUCAGAGCAUGGCGUACUUUCUCCAUCUUUCAUACAGAGAUAUUAAAUAACUGUAUAAUCAGGCUUACCACAUAUAUUUCUAAUAUCAUUCGAUGCGUACAAUCAGGAAAUAUCAUUCGAAAAUUAUUUACAUAA